UGUUAAACCAAUCUCGACGUAUUGCGACAUGGUUUUUUAGCUCUUCUAUCUCGACGCAGAUUUUCACACUUCAUCAAGUCUUUUGCCCCGCAAGCAGGCCUUUAUUUGAUGCCCUUACUUCAACCGGGAAUGAAAAUUAUGCAAUGCGAUGGGCCGGCGCGAGACUUUUCAUCGAGGCUGCAGACGUCGUAGCUGGACCGAUAACUUGGUAGUUGCCGUCCUUCCAACAAUUUUAAAUCGCUUCAUCUGCUUCUCAGCGACAAGUACUGUGUACUUUUUUGAAGUGUGGAAGCUCCUGCGUUUUCUCACGCCCUACUCCUUUCCGCGCAGCGUCGUACCUCCAUCGGUGUACGCCUACAAGUAUCACCACACAGGACUCGAGGCCGACGGCUGGGGCGACGAGCAGGAUAGGAUUGAUCAACAACAGAUAUUACCUUCUUUGGACCACGCGACACCAGUUUGGACGAAAAGUUCAGUACAGGACGAGAACUCCGACGAGGAAGAUACGACUAGGAGUGCUUUCAUCAACGACAUGCCGCAGGGCGAAGAUAGUGGCCAACACGAGCAGCACCAGCUCCAGCUGGGAGAUGACGUUGCAGACUCCGCAGCUGAUGUAGCAGCAGACGGAUCGCAUACGAUGAAUGCCGAAUCAUUUCAACCAAGACCGCGUGCAUUUUCACGGUCUCCCGAGCGGGUAAGUAGUGGUGUAAGUAGCAGUUCAACGUCUGAUGAUCCCUCCAAAGAAAGUCAGGUCACCCUGUUCCAGUGGAACCUGCUCGCGACCGGCCUGCACCAGGAUGGGUUUGUGCGACCGGAUUUGUUUCCGGGCGAAAAAAUGCAACAGCACCUGGACGUGACCCGCAAAUACCGGGCCCUGAUGCAGGAACACAAUGUGGAUUUGGAACUGCUGAAGCAUGUGCAACCGUUGUGGAACAAAGCGCUCUUUGGGGAGGACAAGGAGAAGGACAACAAGAACUCCAGCGACGCCGCGACGAAAGAUGUUGUACAACUACCGGAGCAAGAGGAUCAUCGAGCUGAUUCUUGCGCGGCACUUGCAAAAAUCCUGACCGGCCCGGUAGCGGAGAAGCUGUUGUUGAAAAACGAGUUUAGUAAAAGGGACGAGCUCUUUUUCCUCCCGCUCGACGAUCUCCACAGGGACGAGGUCCGACCACGCUGGGAAAGCUUCGUCAAGUUCUUCACAGAGAACUUUAGCCUGAAGAGCGCGGACGUGGAGAAGGCAAUUACAAAAGUGUGGGACUACUACCUGCGUUCCAGCACGAAACUCGUAUCAUCUGCAGUCGUGACGUCGUCCGUGACUGCAACGAAGAUGAACAACCGUCCAGCGCCAGAUGAAGUAGAAGCCGGGAUAAUGGACGAGAAGGCACUGGCACAGAAAAAGCUGGAAUUGGAAAAGCUGUCGGCCGUAUCUCCUUCGGUCCGCACUGAUCCAAGCACCCGCGCCGAAACUACAAUGCGCGGAACGCUGCAGUCCGCCUCAUCUCCUGCGUCGUCCUCCGAUUCUAAUUCAGUGCCGAUUCGCGAGCGCGUGAACCCGAAGCUCCAGUUCAAUCCUUACGAGGUGUUUGCCCUCGGUGCGAAGUUCUGGCACCACGAAUUCUGCGAAACGGACUACGGAAGCGAGCUGCUGCAAAUGACGCGGAAGGCCUGGGCCAUCGAGAACGCGUUGAACAGCGAGGCGGCUAAAGCGAGAAGGCUGGGCGAAUUGGAAACCAUGAUUGCAACCAGUGCAGGAGCAUUUGCAGCCGCAAGUAGUACGGAAUCGUUGCCAAGCUUCCUCACACUGCAGGAGGUCGCGCCGAGCCAGUUCUUGCUGGUUGUGUCCAUGAAAAACCACGCGUAUCUCAAGCAGGGGGCACCAGCCACCAGCCCAGCCGACGAGAGCAGCACAACUGGUUCGGACCAGCAAACGACUGCAACUUUCGACGAGCUGCAGAAGAUUCUUCGAAGGUCGAAAGAGGAAGAAAAAGACGACAAAAUCUACAUCAAACGUCUGAACGAGGACCCCGUGCUGACCUCCCAGUUUUCCUACGUGCUUCGCCCGGUCGGCCCGACCGUGAUCGGCACCGCGCUGUUUGUCGACCCGAAAAGGUUCGAAGUCGUGAAGCGCGAACGGGUCAAGGACUUCGCGGUGAUUGCGACGGUGAGAACAAAGCGAAACCAAGGUGGUGGGACAGUUCCAGGAAAUAAAGUGCAAGAAGCUGCAGCGAAAAUACCCCCACCUAGCACCUUCGCUGUCGUUUCCGCGCACUUGGCUUCCGGCGUGUUGGAAACGGAUUUUGAAGACCGUGUGGAGCAGGUGGCGGAUCUGCUAGAGACCCUGAACCGGCCGGAGUACACAGCAAUCCCCGUGCUGCUCGGCAUGGACGGGAACUUCGAUCGCAAGGUGGACAUGAUCAAGGUCCGAAACGGCGACCACUUUGCGGGCUCCUGGGACGCUGCAUUUGCGGACUUCGAGCAGUGGGAAGACGUGUCCGUGGGGAAAAAACACGAAAAAUACCUCGUGUCGCGGAACCAGGAGGUGCAGGUGGAUUCCCUGAAGGCGGACAACGGAUUCGACGAGCACCCUGUCACCGUGAAUCGCUUGAGGGGCAUGUUCUCGUCGCAAGUGAAGAAGUGGGGCGACUACCAGCUGCGCAAUAUCGACUACGUCAUGGUCAGGAACCCGAAGAGAAGUGUAGAACUAGCAGAAGUAGAAGAGGACGCUGAUAAAAAAGCGAUAGUUGCCGCGCCUCCUGCAUUGUUCCUUCACAUACGCUCGGUGCUAAACUCCAAGAGUCUGCAGGCGUUUCCGAUCAAGAACACCUUGUUGAAAGCGGUGAACUUGGACGAUAUUCUCGAAGCCGACAAGGAAACGCCGCUUCUCGGCGGUAUGCUGCCAAAUGGCGAGAAUCCUUCCGACCACGCACCGGUCGCGGUGAGGUUCGAGAUGCAGUAUGGAGAAUCGUAGCUCGGAAUCGGAAUGGCCCUUCCUUACAGUAGCGCUCGCGUUGACCGAGCGUACCAGGCUUGUUGUCUAAGAAUGCAAUAUUGCGAAGAAGCAAAACUGAUUCACGAAGGAACGCGAACGCGGAUAUCCUCAAGCCUUUGUUUCGCAUCGAGUUUCAUUCGUUCGAUAAACAACGCAUUGAAUGCCAAAAGAUGAUAUGACUCAGACAAACUAAAUCAUAAGCAUGUACAACAACAUGAACAUGCUCGGCUGGAGCAUGUUCCCCUUACAUGCACUGUCGCCAGUCGGCAAGCUCCUCGUUUUUGCUGUGCAGCGCCAGGAUAAGUACGCGGUAGAAAUGUGGUAUCGGUUUUUCUCCGGGG